AUGCUCAAAGACUGGCGCGGUUGCCUGCUCAGUCUCUGGCUUUGGCUGGAUGCUCCAUGCUUGCAUGGAAAGCUUUCCAGGGAAACGCUGGAAAUGGGCCUUACCACCGUGAAAUUCAAGGAGGACAUCAUUAACCUCUUCACCUCGAAGAAGUAUGCAACCAGAGCUGCAUUGGACAUAGGUGCUGGGACGGGCUUUACAACUGCUGCAUUGGCUGUCAACUUUGCAGUUGUUGUGGCCAUCGAGAAGUAUUGGGACCUGGCAAAUGAAUUUGAUUGCUAUCACUUGGAGUCGAACAGGCUGCUCAGAAAGGACGGAAGUGAAAUCACCAACAUUGUGCGGCUUCACAUGGACACUCUGCUUCCGUUUGCCUUCGCAAACCUGGUUGAUCAGAAUUUCUCAGCAGUGGUCAUCGAUGCCCAGCACGAUUUCGAAAGCAUAGCACGUGAGACUUUCCAUGUCUUGCGCGACAUCCCGUGCUGUGUGGAAACCAUCGUGUAUCACGAUUAUUGUUUCGAAGACGUGUUCCAGACAAUUCUGUGGUUCGAGCUCUCCGGGCUGCUCACUUUUCAGAAGUUCAUGGGCGAGCCCUCGAACGCCCCAAACUGCAAAAGCGUCGGCGAGAAUCUCGAGAGAGCUGAAGGGGUGGCCAUGAAGGUGAAUCGAAGGCCUCUGAAG